GUAGGUAGCCUGAGCGCGGAGUGGUGGUCUGGAUCUGGGUGGAGUUAAGUAUCUAUGUCACAUUCUGACAACUGGGAAGCCUCCCGCGACAAACUAACAGGUGUCCUUCUUCUCCUCCUCCUCCUUCUAAAGAUCCACAGUCACACUACCGGAGGGCUGCCCGUCCAUGCUGCAGACUUUCUCCCUGACCCUGGCACAUCUGAGCGCUUUUCUUUAUUUUAUCUGACCUUAAAACUUAUAGGAAAUUACUUAUAGACACAUUUAAACACACAUACACAAAGACGCACGAUGCACUCGGCACAGAAAGACACCACCUUCACCAAGAUCUUUGUGGGAGGUCUUCCUUAUCACACAACGGACUCAAGUCUCAGGAAAUAUUUCGAAGUGUUUGGAGACAUCGAGGAGGCUGUGGUCAUCACUGAUCGGCAGACGGGCAAAUCCAGAGGUUAUGGAUUCGUGACCAUGGCAGACCGGGCCUCUGCUGAUCGAGCCUGCAAGGACCCCAAUCCCAUUAUAGAUGGAAGGAAAGCCAAUGUGAACCUGGCCUACCUGGGGGCCAAGCCUAGGGUCAUACAACCAGGAUUUGCAUUCGGUAUGCCUCAGAUCCAUCCAGCAUUCAUCCAAAGACCUUAUGGGAUCCCUGCCCACUACGUCUACCCUCAGGCUUUUGUCCAACCCAGCGUGGUGAUCCCUCAUGUACAACCUUCUGCUGCUACGGCAACAGCUGCUGCUGCCACUUCCCCGUACCUUGACUAUACUGGAGCAACGUAUGCUCAGUACUCUGCGGCUGCUGCUACUGCUGCCGCCGCUGCAGCUGCCUAUGAGCAAUAUCCUUAUGCGGCCUCGCCAGCACCAACAAGCUACAUGACUACAGCAGGGUAUGGAUACGCUGUCCAGCAGCCACUCGCCACUGCUGCCACCCCAGGAGCUGCUGCUGCCGCUGCAGCCUUCAGCCAGUACCAACCUCAGCAGCUCCAGACAGACCGCAUGCAGUAAAACCAUCAAAACUACCUUAUGGGAGGAAAGCAGGGGAGGACACCCCCUCCAUUGACGAGGGAAAAGUUAGGAGGGGGGAAGACAGUAGAAGUUGAAGGAUGGUCGUCACUCCCAGGUUUUAUCUUAGCAGUCCUUCUACCAAAGAGCCUGAAGAAAAUCACCAAAAUGUGGAGAGCAAUGAGGAAUUACUUUUAUAUUAUUUUAUUCAAGUGAGAUCAGUAUUUUGCUGCUAAUGAAUAUAUAUGAAUAUUUAAUAUUUAUUCAGUAGUAAAAUAUUGAAUGCUAAUGGAAGUAAACUCACUGGACCUCAUGUCAAACAUUGCUGAAUUUUAUGUAUAUAUGUUUUAGUGGAAUUUGUAUAAAAUUCCCAAUUACAUUUAUGUCUUAUAAUCAGGUUCCUUUCCCAACUACUUCCCCAUUAAACCAAAACACUUGCAUACAUAUGAGAACAGUAUGUUACGUCAUCUUGCAGUUUUCAGUAUUUCAUAGUUUUGGACCAGUAUUUUGUUUGGUAAAGCUAUGCAGACAUUGAUAGAGAAGUUUUGUUAAGACUGUUCUUUUUUUCUUUUCUUUUUUUUUUAAAUAACUGUUUGGAGUGAGAUAGAUUAGACAUCCUCAACUAGUUCCUUUUUAAAGUGUAUUUUCUUGAUAGUACAUAAGACAGAAUGCUGACAGCUGAAGCUGGUAAAAGCACUCACUUUUCUUCCCUUUAAAUUGCACCUCAAGUAAACUCAGCAGAAGGGAAGCAACAUUGUUGAAUGUGAAUCUUUCAUUUUGAAAAAAAUGUUUCAUAAUGUGCCUUUUAAAUUAUGCUAUUUAUGUAUUUAUUACGGAGCCUUACAGUAAAAACCCUUUAUUUGUGUUUGUGUAUUAGUAUGAAGCCUGUUAUAGAACAUGUCCACAUGUGCUGCUGCAUUUCUCAUGAUCAAGAGCAAGCGUUGUUUUAAGAAUGUUUAAACUUGGGUUAACAAUGCGGUAUACUGUGUAUAAAGAACAAAAUAUGAGUGGAAAGGUAGCAAUAACUCCAAUGCUUUUUCUGUUUUCUGUAGAUUUAAUGUUGUCCAAAAUAUAUCCGUAAGUCUUUGAUGUCGCUUUUUAUACUUGACCAGUUCGAAGGACAGUGUGACAGCUGUUAACUUUUUAAUUUUUCUUUUUUACAUUUGAUGUCUUUUGACAUUAAAUGUUUUCUAAGGCGAGGGCAUCACCCAUCUCACCUUGCAUUUUGUAAUGCAUGACUAAAAAUAAUGCAAAGAUUUAAUUUGUGAAAUAAAAGGAAAUUCAC